AUGGUCGGAACGUUUCAACAGGAGGUCACGCCUCAGCAAACUGGACCAUCGUCAUACUCUGUAUCCCCAUCAUAUGAUUGGACUAUGGGCCCAGCUCUGAACGGUGGCUGCAUUGCUGCAGUCAUUCAUUCUGUGGCUGUAAAACAUUUCACCACAACCCUCGCCAAGUACGACCAACCUGAUGUCCUUACCCUCCAUCUCGAAUACCUGCGAUAUUGCAGUACGGAAAAGCUCGACAUCAACAUCCUCGAGCUAAAGCGCGGCAGUUCUCACUGCACUAUCCAGCUGCAGGUCUUACAGAAUGAACAGCUCAAGGCCAUCAGUCUUGCAACGUCCACAAACUUCGCCCAAUCUCUUGGACCCACGUGCAAUACCCGGUGGACUCUGAACCCUCCUUCUACGUCUAGACCUGACUUUCGUAAGGUUGAAGCCAACGAGCCUGACCUUACAUGGGUUCCCGGACUCACGAAAGGCGAAGUUUUCCCUAUGGGCCGCCGUAUCGUAUCUCUCUAUGAGCGAGGCGGAAUGCAAGUCGAUGGUCUGCUGGAUGGGUGGAAUGGCUUUACCGGGGAAUUCAUGAACGCAACGCACAUAGUUUUCAUGUGCGACUUCAUGCCUUCGAUGGCAGAUACAUUACUACGCAACGGAGAAAUGUAUGAUGGGCGAAAUAAUCUCCGCAAGAUGGAAGAGUGGGCAGACAAGAAUCCCGGGGUUGUUUGUGAGAUGGAGACUUCUCUGGCUGAGGCAGCAAAUGCGAAGUUCAGCGAGAAUACAUUGUCUUUGGAUAUCGAAUUUAAGAGGCAACUUCCGAAGGAUGGCCUUCGAUGGAUCUUCAGUCGCGUUGAAACGAAGAAGCUCCAAGGUGGUAGGAUGGAUAUGGAUAUCACGAUAUGUGACGAGGGAAUGGACUUGAUUUGUUCGGCGAGACAAAUCGUCCUCGUUCUAGAUGCAAAGAAAAGGUAUAAUCCUGUCGCGAAAAAGGCGAAUCUAUAG